UUGUACCGAAGCGUUAGAGAAAAAUUGUUAGAACAAUUUGCAAUUUAUUCUUCUAUUGUUUAUUCAAUUUCUCGGGAUGUUUUAUUCACGUGAAUUGCUUUCCUAUCGGCGAAGAGGGAAAUUGGCGAAGUGUUGGCUGGCUGCAACACUCAGCGAGAAAAUGUUUAGAAAACGUUGUAGACCACAUCUUCUUGAGACGAUUGAUGUAUCUAAUAUUUGCGAAGAGAUUUCAGUAGCUGUUGAAGUACGCAAUGGGAACAGCAAUGGCAGAUUUAGUCUUUAUCUUUCGGCACAAUUGUUGUACGGAAUUACGAGAAUACAUUCCUAUCAAACAAAGCUCUUCGAAGGUAUUGUAUUUAUUUUUAACAGACCUGAAGAGGAAUUUGAUUUAAGGGACAUACCGGAUGUACCAUGUCUGAACGAAGUAUUCCAAAAUCUUGAAAUUUCAUCUAAUUUACAUCUCAUCACGGAGGAACCUUACACUUCCGCUGUAGAACAAAUGAUGCGAGAUGAAAUAAAUUUUGGAUUCCUGCCAGACCAUGAAAUGGAGAAAUUCAUAUUCCUUGGAGGAGGAGAGCAAUCCUUGAGCGAAGUGCGACGAAUUCCGUGGAAUGUCUCUGAAGAAGCGAUUAAAGAACCGGAUGUACCAUUGGUUAACAUUGACAUGUUUGAAAUUGAAGAAGAAAUUCGUUCAGGAUCUGCUAGAAUAAAUCAACAAGAGUUUAUAGUUACUCUUAAAGAUGAUCCACUUACAAAAGUUUCUACAUUUCCUAGAAAGAGAAGCAUGAAACCUACUGAGGAAAUUUCACCAAAGAGACGUAAAACACGUUCUGAAGAAGAAACGGUACCCGCCAUACCUGAACCGAUACCAUUACCACAACCGACAACUGAUACUGUACCUGCAAUAGAACUUCAGCAAGACCAAGUUCAGCAGCCUCCCGAGGAUGAAGAAUUCAUCGAAGCGGUAAAGCCAAAGAGAAAACGGAAGAUUUAUGACGAAUACGUUGCAUUAAGCGAUGCCGUAAUGAAGAAAAAUACUGGCAAUGUUACAGCUCAUACUAUAAAACAUCAUAGAUUUACAGCUACUUUACCACCGGCUAAAGUAUAUUUAACGCAACCUUCAACAGUAACUUUAGAUAGGUCAUGGGGUAAACCGUUGAUGCGACUUUUUAAACAACAUAUUGUUGGACCUUUCGUUGUAGAAAAUGAAUUUCAGGCGACUGACAUGGAAAUUGAGGAAACAAUAGAAACACUACGCGCGAACGAAAGUAAAUUACGAGAUCAGACAGGAGAAAUAUCAAGCAAAAUUGGAACGAUCAUAAAUGGAACGACUGAUCAGUCUAGGGUGUUCGAUAAAACACCUCUAAAUAUUGCAAUUGAUGCGACUGAUCAAUCUAAGAUACUAGAUAAAACGCUUCCAACAAUUGGGCAACCGCCACAGCUUGAAGAUCAACAAACAGAACGAAAAGAAGAAUCUACAGUUGCACUUCCGGAAAUUACUUAUAUUGAAGAUAAAAAUGGGGAACUGCAAGAGAAACAACAAAAGUCUACAAAUGGAAGAAAAUCAAAAUCAAAUUCCAGUUCUCCUAGAUCUGAAAUACAUUUAUCUAAACAAGAGCUGUUAGCAUUCAUGGAAGUCCAAUGGCAGGAGAGAAGAUUAUUAAAUUUUCAUGAAUUAUUUUCACCAGAAAGUUAUAGUAGAAAAGAGGUUGCACUUGCAUUUUUUUUUUGCUUAGAAUUUCAAAAGGAAAAGGUUAUCAUUUUGAAACAAGCUGAUCCUUUUGGUACAAUUUGGAUAGAAAAGUGCCCUUGUUACAGUUAAAUUUCACUAUAAUUUAUAGGUAUAAUAUUGUGUAUUUAACCUGUGAUAUAUGUAUGUAUGUAUAAUACAAGUAACUUCGCAAAUGAAUAUUAUCAUAAUAAUAAAGCUGUAUUAUUCUAAUUUCUCGCCUUUCCGAGUAGGGAAACA